AGCUGUCGAUACAGUUGCACGAUUUUGCCGAAGCGAUGAGGUACUUCGUUUUCAUUAUUGCUCAAUUGUUUCACUUGUUCUGCUUAAGCUUCCAAGGACAAAAAUUGAUAAAUCAUAGCCUCGAAACUUGCGACAAGAUAUUUCAUGGUUCAUGGUUUAUCAUACCCGUAAAGGAACAAAGACUGCUCUUGUUCGUGAUGAGAAAAAGUAUCGAAGCUAGCAUCUUGACCGCCGGCAAGAUAUACAUGUUUUCUCUAGCAAAUUUCACAUCGGUUGUGCAAAGCUCAAUGUCGUACUUUACGUUAUUGUCAUCCUUUGACGUGUCAUGAUCAACACCCAACGAUAUCAUUAUGACAGCAAGUAGUAAAAUAUCCUUAAAGUAUUCCACAGGAAUAUAUAAUAUUACAAUUUAUAAAUCGAAUAAAAUAAUAUUUAUAUUUGC